AUGGCUGAUGCCAAGAAAAAGCGCUCAGACGAGUUUGCGCAUUUCCGCGACUUGCUCGAGUCGGUGGCGGAUCUGAAGCGUCUGUUUAACCUCGAUCUCGAAGACCACUUGGCGAAGUACUACGCGGCCAUCGAAAAUGCGGCCGCCGAGGCGACGUUUGAUCACGAACAACACGAUACCGCUGGUUUCAACUUUCCGGAAGCGUCAACAAUGCUCGUGAGAAGUACUGCGUUAUGGGGCUCUCGCGUCGACUCUGUCCACAAAGACACGAUGGAGUUCAACAUGGGCCUCUCAAAAAAGAAGAAGCAUGACGUCGAAGAAGAAGCUGGCGAGGGCGAGGAGGCUGUUCACAAAAAGCGCCGCGGCCGAGAUGGCACCGACAAAUUUAGCUUCCCGCAUUUGGUCAAAGCUGAGUGCUCGUACUUUGAGCCCGAAUACACGAGGAGGAACGCGGCCAAAUUCUUGCAAGAGGCCCAAUUCGAAGCGGUGCGCAUGAAGGAGCCUCCCACGGUUCACAUCUUGCCGGCAAAUCUGCGCCCGUUGCCAGAGCAUGAAAAGUCGCGCAUGUGCGUGAUCGGCACAUGGGCCGGGCGAAUCGAGGCUAUCGGGAAGCCAGAAGAAUUCUGGACGUUCGCCCACACAACUUAUCUCAAUGAAGAGGAAUGGUUGGACGAGAAGGAGAUCAAGGCAGAACACCUGCACCCACCGGUCGCUGGGACUUGUCUUGGUUGCAGUGAGGUCGACUGCGAGGCGCGUGGCGUGAAAGUUUAUGCAACUUCGGCUCGAGAUGAUACACGUUCCGCCAAAGAUAGCCGUGAUACGCUGAUCAACAAGUCGCUGAUGCUGACGGAUUUUGUUUUCAUCCGCAAGGAUCUCAUGGCAACCAACUGGUUCUGCCACCGCGACCUCAGGCCCCGUUCGGAUUACUGGAAAUUCCACUUUGACAGUGUGUUGGCCAAGCAGGAUCGUAUGAGAAAGCUGCGCUUCCACGCACAAGCCGAAGUUCUCAACGACACCAAAUUCACGGAAGCCCUGUCUCGGUGCGGUCCUCGCCCUGCCAGCACGCAACUAUCUUCCCAGAUGACUACUACCCAGCGCAUCAGCCAGGGUGCCAGCCAAAGCGCUAGCCAAGGCACCAGCUCGCAAGGCUCCAACAUUGGACAAAACACCUACCCCGGCCGGGUCUCCAGCCAUGUUGAGGUGGCACGGGAGGCCGCACGGACUCUGCGCGAAUCGAAACGCUUCUCCCUCGCCCGCCUUGCCUCCACCAACCCCGAUCCUGACUAUUGCUUUGGGGACGGUGGUGCAGAUUCGUUUGGCGACGGCUUCGAUGAUGAUCCCGACGUCCCGGUGGCCAAGGAGAACGUUGACGUGCGGCGAUCGUUGCGCCCUCGCUCUGCACCACUGAAAGACCUGAAUCCGUGGAGCUUGGAGGCGCUGUCUGCGCCACGUGAGAAGCUGAAGCUGAUGGACCCCUACACGCAGAAUGCAGCCUCCCGCUCAAUGUCCAUAAUGGCCCCGCAAGUUCUCUCUGACGCGAAGCGCUGUUACAACGUGCGAACUGAGCGGCGGAAGCAGACACAGAAAGACUUGGCCAUGCCCUUUGCUGAGCGAUUCCGGAGCUUGAAUUGGGUAUUGUCGGCUGGAUCGACGACCGAACCGAAGAGAAAUGAAUGGGUCGAGGAUGUUUCUACGAACAUCUGGGGGGUUUGCCGAACCCUUUUGAAGGCUAGGGAUCAGCCGGUGAAAGUGGUCGAACGUCGCCGUCUCCGCAGUGCACCACAACAUGUACCCGAAAAGAACCCAGCUGAGGAGGCGCAAGAGAACGUUACGCCGCCGGUGAAAAAUCCGUGGGAUCACGAGGAUGACUUCGCGGGUCAAGACUGGGAUGACGAGGACGACGCCUUCCCUUGGCCUGGUGGAGCUGACCCAAGACCCAGUGAAGACCCGCAGCCGCUCGGCGACAAACCAGCCCCCGUCACUCGUUUCACGGAUCUUGCUGACGAAGACAUGGAGUGUGAUCUGCUCCAAGAGGCGGCCCUGCACAACCAGGGCAUGGAAGCCGCGUCCGCGUACCAUGAUCCGAAACAGCGACUCACCGCCUAUCUGGAACAUGCACUCAAGCCCCAAGAUCGCACCCAGCGGGACCGCGAGAUGCAAGAAUGGGAGGACCAUAUCAUCAGCAAACUAGACGCGGAAUUCGAACGAAAAGAAUAUGAUGGGCCAACCUAUUCGCAUCAAGCGCUCGACCGUUUCGAGUCAAUUGGGGAUACGCUCGAGUUGCAGGAUCUUUGUUCCGGACUAGAAAAAUACGAGAUUCCCCGCGUGUUCCUGGCCUCGUUGAUUAUGGCAAAUCAUGGCAACGUCGAGCUGGGCUCCGACCAUGCCAUCAAUUCCAUGCAUAUCAAGAUCGUCAGCCGGGAGCUGCAGGACGAGAAGAUCACCGCCGACGGGGUGCUU